AUGAUAGAGAAGUCCAACAACCCGUUCCUGAGUAUCGACCCGAUUGUGGACAGAGGAAAAGCGGCGGGAGAGGAGCUACCGCUGAUCGGUUCCAAGUCUAAGCACCAUGUAGACUUCACGCAGAUAGUGGUGUACUUGGUUGGGCUGUCCGAUGGGCUGACCCACCUGGCAUCAUUGGCCAUAUAUUACUUGUUCAAGGAUUACUUUCGUUUAACACCCUACCAGGUGUCGCUCAUACUGAUGUACCCAUACAUCCCCUUCAUCUUAAAGCCAGCCAUAGCACUGAUCACAGAUUCGGUGUCCAUAUUUGGCAUGAGAAGGAAACCGUACCUGUUCCUGUUCAGCCUAUUUCAGUCAUUAAAUUUUUUGGCCUUAGCAUUUCUAGACCUAUCUGUAUUCCAAGCUACUCUGAUCCUCUUUUUCAUUUCGCUCUGUGCCUCCUUCUGUACAACAGUGGCAGAGGCCCUGGUGGUGGAGAGUUCCAUUGGCAAGACGUAUUCUCAAGGCACAAAUAAAGUGACGGAGUUUAUAGCGUCCAAAGCGAUAGGAAGUUUGUCAGUAGCAUAUUUUUCAGGUUUCCUUUUAGAAAAAAUUUCCAGAGAAUAUAUUUUCAUGGCGACGUCCCUUUUCCCUCUUAUAAUUUCCCUGUCUUGUCUCUUCUUAAAGGAAAAGGAAUACACUUCAGAGAAGAGUAUAGUUACUCAAUUAAAGGAUCUGAUUAAAUUUGUGAAUACACCAAUUUUCUUAGGACCCUUUCUGUACAUUUUUGUAUACAUGUCUGGACCUGAUUAUGACGAUGCGUUUUUUUUCUUCUGUACAAAUAAGCUCGGAUUCAGACCUUCCUUCAUGGGCACGUUAAGACUGACCUAUGGAAUUGCUUCUCUCAUCGGGAUCAUCAUUUACCGCUUGUUUUUAAAAAACCACGGAUUGAAGAAGACACUCAUUUUAACCACAUUGAUUUCAUUUCCUAUUUACAUUUCACCAAUUGUCUUAACGGAAAAAAUAAACACCUACUUUGGUAUUUCGAAUGAGUUGUUUGUCCUCAGUGGAGGCUUUUUAAUUGAAGCCAUCACAGAAAUACAGCUACUACCACUCUUCAUUUUAACAGCUAAUAUAUGCCAACCUGGGUUGGAAGCCAGUGUCUUUGCUACCAUUCUAAGUGUUAAGAAUUUGGGUUCCUUAACUAAAAAAGGAACCUCUUCAUUCUUGACCUACCUCCUAAGGAUAGACAGCUACAACUUUGACCACCUCAGUUUGUAUAUUUUCAUUUGCGGCUUCUUCCUUUUAUUCUCCCUCACCCUCGUUCCUCUGCUGCCAGAAGAGGAGAAGAUUGACAAGCUCAAGAAUAAACACGUGUCCCAGCUGCACUCGUAG